UAAACGAGUCAGUCAUCUGCAGAUUAUAGUGAGAUAAAGUCACAAAUAUUGUGACGAUAGGAAAAGAAAAAAUCUUUCAAAUAAUAAAGACGUUGUUUUAGUAGCUUUGUGUGUGAAAAGUUAUAUUAAAAUGGCAGAGAAGGGGACUUAUAUUACUACCAGGGUACCUUAUGAAGAAGCUUUGGAUAGGGCAGGAUUCAGCCGCUACAAUAUCUGGAUAUUCGCAAUAUGUGCCAGCAUCACCUUCACCACGACCUUCGAGGUCAACUCAGGACCGUACAUUGCGACAGGCAGUGCUUGUGAGCUGAACACCACUGUGAAGCAACAAGGAUUGUUUGAAAGCAUACCUACAUUAGGUGUCUUCAUGACCAUGCACCUCUGGGGCUACCUGGCUGACACGAGGGGCCGACAAAGGAUGCUGACGAUAAAUUUGUUUAUGAGCUUCAUCACUGGAAUAGUAGCCAGCUUCUCAACCCACUGGAUCGUGCUGUUAGUCUUAAAAUGCAUAGCAUCAGCAGUGGUAGGAGCAGCUAUGAUGACAUCGCUGACUUUGCUGAGCGAGUGCACGCCGACCAAACACAGGAGUACUCUCGUUAUACUGACGUCUUCUGCUUACUUAGUGGCUUGUGGACUCAUGGCAGCUAUAGCAAAAGUAAUCCUGCCUCUGGAGUUCUCCUUCUACGUGCCAAUUCUGGGCAUCUACUUCAACUCCUGGCGACUCCUGAAUCUCAUAUUUGCUGUACCAUCUGCCAUCAGUGCAGUACUGUGCAUGCAGACCUAUGAGAGUCCUAAGUAUCUUCUCUGUGCUGGAAGGGAUGAAGACGCUCUGGAUGUUUUAAAGAAAAUCUAUACAAUGAAUAAUUGGAAUGACACAGAUUACUACAAGGUUAUAGGCUUACUGAGCAAUCGCGUUCCUCAUUUUCAGGUGGAAUCCUUAGAACUAGAAGAAGUGCAAAUUGACCAAUCAAACAAAGGAUUCUUCAAGUCUGUUAUAGAGAGAACGUUACCGAUGGUGAAGGUACCAGUGAGGAGAUACUUUCACGUGCUCUCCGGGCUUUACACCGUUACAUACGCUACCAUGGCUGCCUUUUUCGCCACUACGCCCUUCAUACUAGACGCCAUUGUGAAGUCAGCUGGAAGCGAGAAGCGCCUCAGCAUCUGUGAUAUGAUCAGAAGCUCCAUUAAUAAUACUUCUGUGCUUCAGAAGAGUGAAGACUGUCCGCUGGACACAGGCGCUUUGGUUCCCGUGUUUGGGAUCACCAUGAUUUUGGCUAUCUACAACGUCGUCAUGGGUAUCAUGACAUACCGUAUCAGUAGGAAGACUCUCUUCAUUGGGAUGCAGUUGGUAGCUGGUUUAGCAGGACUGCUGAUCAACACCAGCUACCUUUGGGUCCUCAGCUCCAUCCUGUUCACAGUCUUCAUAUCUGCCAUAGUCAACAUCAGUUUCCUUAACUCUUACAGUGUGGAGGUCUUUCCGACUUAUUACAAAGCAUCAGCAGUAUGCCUGCUCCCAUUAGGGGGUCGAGGCAAUGCUUCCAUGGCCAUCAAACUCAUCGCUCGACUAUUGAACAAUAACUGCGAACUUGCUUUCUACAUUUUUGGAGGAAUCGCUUUUGCCGGUGGAUUCAUAGCAUUCCUCUUACCUUCGGAGCAGACGAUGAAGGAACACAGACAGAAAUUGAAACCAGUAGCUUCUCAAGAAUAAUCCACAUCAAAUAAUACCUGAAGAAACUUCUUUUUAACACAAUAAUGGCGUCCACGGCCGAUUUCAGCCACGGCAGCUGUUCUCAUUUAAAGAGACUCCCUAUUCCUCUACUCUCAUAGCCCGAUGGGACGGCAAUCCGACACAACUGGAAAGAGAUCAGGCGCAGGACCGACGCGCUUGCGACCGCUAUACCAACGAGGUGGUCAGAGUUUAAAACAAUGGUCGUGAAUGGGAAAAGGUUAGGCAGAUAAUUAGAUGGUUUGUUUACAUAUUUUAAGUGGAUAAUUCAAAGCCACGCGUAUUGAUCGAUCAUGAUGAUAAGCAACGCUUGACGGAUCUUGUCAUGACGAGUUCUUCCGUGUUACUGAAGGCACGCUAAAUUGAUGGGUUCUGGCUGUCAUUUGAAUAUUUUUGUAGUUGUUACGGGUAGUCGGAAGCCGGAAAGUCUGACAACCAGUCUUACCAAGGGGUGUCAGGUUGGCCGGAUAACUGGGUUGAGGAGGUUAGAUAUGCAGUCGCUCUAUGUAAAACACUGGUACUCAGCAGUAUCCGGUUAGACUGGAACUGAAACAUAGUUGGGAAAAGCCUAGGCAGAUGAUAAUGAUGGUCUUGUACAUAUUUUACUUAUUUACUCAUAUUGAGUUCCUUUGUACAUACAAAAGAUAUUAUUUUAACGAAUUUCAAAAUUCUGGUUUCCAUAAUUCCGAAACAUUAGUAUCCAGAUGGUUUAUAAUUAAGAUUCAAAAAACAAUUUAAAAAAUUCAGUUUUUU